AACGAUCAGAACUAGGUGAAGGCCAGGGAUCAGGAGCUGGCCUGGAAGAACUGGGGACUGCAGCUCUUGGGACUGGGCCCCUGCCCCCAACACACUACCAGCUGUGUGGCCGAAUCCAUGUUUAAUGACUGUCCUCCCGGGAAACCCAGGGCCAAGGGCUUCCUGCCGACACCAUUUCUACUCCUGGCUGCCCCCAAAACAGCCCGAAGGCUCAGCUCCUCCCUGGCCCCCACCCUCGUCCAGUCUCCAAUCCCGCCGCCCGCCCGCCUGCCAGGACCUUGAAUCCAGUGAUCUUUUCUUGGGCUGGAGCUGCAGCCAGGCAUCAGGAUGCCAGAAUUUGGAUGGCAAGCAUCGUCUACAGCUAUCACUGAAGGGCACAAAUCAGAAUACACCAUGCCUCCUAGUAAAGAUGCCAGCAGCUUUAAUAGUUCAGCAACAAGGCUCAUCUGCCUCCCUCCGAUUUCUGAAGACCUCCAGCCUGUGUGGACCCAAGCAGCUCAGACCAGUGAGCUGGAUGGAAAUGAACACCUGCUACAAACCUUCAGCUACUUUCCCUAUCCCAGCCUAGCAGACAUUGCCCUUCUUUGCCUGCGGUAUGGGCUGCAGAUGGAGAAGGUCAAGACUUGGUUCAUGGCCCAACGACUCCGCUGUGGCAUUAGCUGGUCAUCUGAAGAAAUAGAAGAGACACGAGCCAGAGUAGUCUACCAUAGGGACCAACUCCAUUUCAAAUCCCUUCUCUCUUUUACUCAUCAUACAGGGUGUCCUCCCCAGGAGGCACCUCCUCCCAUGCUACCUCCAGAACAAGUUGGUCUUGGAAUAUGUCCUCUGACUCUUGGUGAGCCCACCCAGAUGAAAAGAUUGAAGAUAGAGCCUGAGGAGUCCUCCCAGGUACCACCAAUGCCAGUGAGUCACCAGAAAGUGAAGGAACCCUUGAUGACACCUGACAGAGCAUUCCUCCAGCAGUCAGAUCAAAGUCGCAGCCUCUCUGAGGAGCAGGCAGACAGGGGUCCCCACCAGGCAUGUAUCAUAGGUACUGCUUCCUGGAGUCACUCCACAGCUGCCCGUCAGCCAUGUGCUCGGGAUAAGGCCCGACCCAUCUCAUUACUUGGCAGUUAUUAUAAGGAGGAAUUGAUACCUAAUUUGACUCCUCCUUCCUCUGCCUCUUCUUUCCAGGUUCUGGCUAAUGGAGCUACUGCCACCUCUGAACCCAUCCAGUUGCUGGGCUUUACUUCACCCAAAGAACAAGCACUACCCCCACAUGUGGAAUCACCCUGGCCCCAGAGGCUACGGCCUAACUCAGAAGCAGGUAGAGCUGACUCCAUGGAAUACCUUUCCUCAGAUAUGCAGCGCCAGCGAAAGACUAAGCGUAAAACCAAGGAGCAACUAGCAAUCCUCAAGUCCUUUUUUCUUCAGUGUCAAUGGGCAAGACGUGAAGAUUACCAUAAAUUGGAAGAGAUUACUGGUUUACCUCGCCCUGAGAUCAUUCAGUGGUUUGGUGACACACGCUAUGCCUUGAAACAUGGGCAACUCAAGUGGUUUCGGGACAAUGCAGUACCUGGUGGCAAUAGUUUCCCAGACCUAGCAAUUCUCACACCACCGUCAACCCGCUCCUUCAAAGAAUGGGCCAAGACACCACCUCUGCCAACCCCCCGACACCCACCGGAUACACAACCCUUGGAAAGGUACUGGGCAGCCCACCAACAGCUACAGAAAGCUGAUGUACUUAAAUUGAGUCAGGCAUCAGGAUUUAGCACUCAGCAAGUACUGGACUGGUUUGAUUCUCGAUUACCUGAGCCAGCUGAGGUGGUAGUCUGUCUAGAUGAAGAAGAGGAGGAGGAGGAGGAGGAACUGCCAGAAGAUGGGGAGGAAGAAGAGGAGGAGGAAGAGGAAGAUGAUGAUGAGGAUGAUGUCAUACAGGACUAAGGGGGGGCUGAGGAGAAGGGGGGUAUGUUACUAAAAGAUGAACCAACUUAACUGUUAAACAUUUCUUAAAUUACCUUGUGACAACUAACAGGCUUGUGUUUUUCAGAGUGGGCAACAGGGCUAUUUUAAUUUGAGGGUGAACUGAGGAAGAUGACCACAGGACACAAUAUAAAGUACUGGAUCAGCAGAAACCCAGUCUUUUUAAACCUCAGUAUGGAGAGGGCAAAUGAUGGCCCAAAAAUGUUUUGUUGUUGUUUUAUCAAGGUAAGGUCUCACUCUUUUUCAGGCUGAUCUGGAAUUUACCAUGUAGCCUAACGCUGGCCUUGGACUCACUGGCAGGCCUCCUCCCAAGUGCUGGGUGGGAUUAAAAAGCAUGCACCACCACACCCGGCCCCAAAGUGGUUCUUACUCUCCUAUUCUUUCCCCUUGGUGUGCUUACAGAUGCCAGACCUCAUCCAACAUCUCCAGGGGGCCUGGAAGGAGAGGUGUAUUCUGGUCCACCUGAUGAUCCCAAUGCAUCUCCAGUCUCAUCAUUAUUUCUCUAAAAUAUAAGGCUGCUUUGGAGCCCAAUUCCAUGUUUUUUGCACUUAAGUGUCUCAGUAUGUUCCAUUUUUGUCUCAAAUAGUUCCUCAUACCAGUUUGAUAUUCUAUUUUACCUUCUAUGUU